UCCAUCGGCGUACUACUCUCUGCAGACACGGAAAGACAACGAAACCGAGAGCUCGCCGCAGAGAUUAGAGACAGAGUGGGACAGAAGGCGACGUCAGGUGACCAGAGAAGGGGAGAAACGGAGAGAAGAGGGGAGGGAAAAGAAGAGAGUGACAGCAGAGAGGGAGGAAGCAAGCAGCGACCUCCUACAACUAACUUGGAGGCAAACCCAUAAAAUGCAUUCAGACUCCAGCCCGAGCAGCAGAGCCUCUUCCCCGGACAUGGACGACAUGUUUCUGCAGCAUCACCACCACCACCACCACCACCACGGCGGCUCCUCUGUCUCCUCGUCCACGCAGAGCGGAGAACAGCAGCGCCAGAAGUUGAGCAGCGGAGAGCUCCUGCGCUCUGGAGACCCCAAGUCUGUGGGAAGCAGCAGCAGCAGCAGCAGCGGAGGAGGAGGAGGAAGCAACAAGUACAAACUGAAGAAGCAGGUCACCGAGGAAGAAAUGUACCAGCUGCGCCUCAAGAUUAACGGCCGGGAGCGCAAGCGCAUGCACGACCUUAACCUGGCCAUGGACGGUUUGCGCGAGGUGAUGCCGUACGCGCACGGGCCCUCCGUGCGGAAGUUGUCCAAGAUCGCCACACUGCUUCUGGCCAGGAACUACAUACUGAUGCUCACCAGCUCUCUGGAUGAGAUGAAGCGGCUGGUGGGGGAGAUUUACGGGGGCCAGCACUCAGCCUUCCACUGCGGCGCCGGCGCGGGUGGACACUCCGGCGGACCCGCCGCAGCCGCCGCCGCAGCAGCAGCCGCGGCAGCCGCGCACCAGGUGCACCCUCUGCUCGGAGGCGCGCUCUCCUCUUCCUCGUCCUCCACUCUGCCCAGCGCCCUGCCGGGGCUGACGUCCAUCCGCGCGCCGCACGCCCUCAUGAAGGGCUCUCCGGCUGCGCCCCCGGCCCUGCAGCUGGGCUCCGGCUUCCAGCACUGGGCCGGGCUGCCAUGUCCCUGCACCAUCUGCCAGGUGCCUCCCCCUCCACACAUCCCCAUCACCUCCACAGGCCUCACGAGACUCACAGGGGAAGCGAAGGACGUCAUGAAAUGAUGCUGAGAGGCAGCAGAGACUGACAGUUGUAUGUUUGUACAUAUCCAGGGCAAGAGGGUGAAUUCUGCCCCUCCUGUGCAUGUUGCUGUUUCGUCUGUUUUCUUGUUGAACGUAUGAGAAAAAAGGGUUUUUCCUCCUUGUAACAAGGACUUUAAUGAAGUCUGCUGAUUUUGUCAGUUGAGAGUAAAAAAUAAAAAGUUUUCGGACGCCAUGAUCCUCCUGUUUGAGUGUGAAAGGAGGUGAAGGAGUCUGCAUUAACAUUUCAGUCUUUUUUCAGGCGUCAUUUGGUGAAAUCGAUUUAAAAAGUGAUCUGUGCCUUGUACCAAGGAUUUUAAAACUGAAAAGUGAAGACAGGUUUGGAGUUCCCCUGGAGCGCAAAUCUAACCGCAGGUUUUCUGAUUUCUUUCACUCACGCUACUCUACUGCUCUCAGUUUUUGUUUUCUUUUCGUUUUCCUGCAUGGAAAGGAUCACCAGUUUGCCCAGAGACCCAGUGUCUUAUUUUUGUACAUUGUUGAUGAUUGAGAAAAAAUAUUUAUUAUCAAAUGGCGUCUCUGGAUGAAAUUUCAAUAAAAAACUGGGAUUAUGAAUCA